AUUUACCAAUUUCAGUAGACACAGGUCAUUUCGGAACAAGUUCUCUGGAAUGAUUCUCAUUUCUCGUGGCUUAUUAUCUGUUGUGUACUGGAUUGAGUUCGUUUGAAAAGAGAUUGCAGUUGCGAGAACAGCCGCAAACAUUGUAACAUUUUCGCUAUUUUUGCCGAUUAGUUUGAUUCCUUUAUCCGCCAGUGAAACGCAAGUGAAAAUCUGGAACGCGAUUUUCUGGCGCUCCCCCUACUUUGGCCUUUGGGUUUUGCUUUGUAGUGGUGCGUGCGAGUGAGGGUGACCGGCAGCGUGAAAGUGAUCGAUAGGCGUGUGUGUUUGUGUUGCUGCUACUGCUCUAACGGCAGCAGAACUGUCAACUGAGUGGCUUUUUGCUGAAGCAGGCACACGAAAGGUGUCGAAGGACUAUUUUUUUUGAUCCGCUUGAAAAGACGCUGUUUGCAGAGGAAGAAAAAUUUGCUUGCUCGGUGAAAAAUUGAUCGCAGAUUCUCCUCGGCGGAAAAAUGUUGCAGAAGAAGCCCAUGGGCGGAUCGUACGAUCCGAUGAUAAUUCCUCGCGUGAAGCAGUACCUGGAGGAAAAUGUUCAUCAGACGUACGUAGAUGUCGGAGUGAUGGCGCGCGAGUUGCAGGAGCGCUAUCGGGAGUAUACCAGACGAAAGGCCGUUCCUUUUCGGAUGCAGGUCGAACAGGCAUAUAAAACAGUGCUCCACAGCUAUGGGCUGGAUAGUAACCCGUCCAGUGAAAAUGAGGACGAGGGUAAUUCCGAUCUGGAGGUGAUGGAAGAUAAUGCCAACGCCGGGAAUGUUAAUCGCAUGAACGAUACCCUCACCAAUAUGUACAUAAACAACAAGAGUAAACCGCCUGGUGGAGCAAGUGGACCGGCCGCAGGUGGGAACGAUGCUGAAGCUAUUGAUAUUAGCAGCGACGAGGAGGAAGGGGGUCGCAAUUCGGGAGAUAAGGAAAAGGCAGUUUCCACUACCAGUGACAAGAUGAAGAUAAUUGAGACUCAAAUCGCUUCGAACAGACACAUUACCGUUACAAAGGUAACGCGUACGGAAAAACCAAGGUCGGGUGAUGAAGCCGUCGAUUCUAGCAACGGGAGCACGAAUGGGGCCCGCAAAGCCACCGAACAGCUGCCGGUGCAGCAAGCAAAACGUCGCCGUUUGGAAGCCCAGAACUCCGAGAUCAGUAACAGUUCCAAUCCGUUGCUACCGUAUCCAACGGUGAUUCCUCCAGCACGUUCCGGAACUCAGAAUGGUCAGAAAGUAACCCCUCCCAGACAAGAUGCGGCACCUGUCGCUGCACCCCGCUCGAAACGAUACAAGAAGGAAGUUUGUGCUCGGUUCGUGGAUAUUACUUUCGAUGAUGUCGGCGGAAUGGAUAAAAUACUGAGGGAUUUGUGUGAACUGCUGCUGCACGUAAAGCAUCCGGAAAUUUAUCGUCACAUCGGAUUGCCACCACCGCGUGGUUUUCUGCUGCAUGGCCCCCCUGGAUCGGGAAAGACACUGUUGGCACACGCCAUCGCAGGUCAACUGAAGAUAGGGUUGAUUGAGAUUCCCGCUACGGAGUUGGUAGCGGGUGUUUCGGGUGAAUCAGAGGAACGCAUCCGGGAGGUGUUCGAGCAGGCGGCUGUGCUCUCGCCGUGUGUGCUAUUCAUCGACGAAAUCGAUGCCAUUUCGGCCAAUCGUGUGAACGCCCAGAAGGAUAUGGAACGUCGUAUUGUUGCCCAACUGUUGAGCAGUUUGGAUGGGUUGUCCAAGUUGGAGGGUGGAGACGGUGUGCUGGUUAUCGGGGCAACCAAUCGGCCGGAUGCGUUGGAUCCCGCGCUGCGACGGGUUGGUCGAUUUGAUCAGGAAAUUUCGCUUGGCAUUCCCGACAGAGACGCACGAGCGCAGAUAUUGAAAAUUAUUUGCAAAAAUUUGAAGAUCGAAAAGUCGAUAGACUAUGACGAUUUGGCUAAGCUAACGCCUGGCUAUGUUGGUGCGGAUUUGUUGGCUCUGGCAACCAGGGCGGCUACAACGGCCAUUAAACGGAUGCUGACCGAACGGGAACGACAAUUGCUGCUGGCUGAGGCCUGCCGAGAAAAGGAACUCGAGGCACAGAAUAACAAGAAGGAACCGGAAAGUACGAAGAAGAAGGACGACGAUGACGACGUUGUGGCCAUUAUGGAAGUGGAUGAACCGUCUUCGGCCACCGCAAACAAGGACACAUUCAAUGGUGACGUCUCGGCCGACGAUGUUGUAGCUCUGGAGGACGACGUCGAAGAGGUUGUUAAUUUGGACGACGAUAAAGACGAACAAGCCGCGAAGGAAGCUGCGCAAAAAGUAGAUGAAACGGUAAAGGAAGUUGAACCGAAGGAAGCUGAAGUAGUUGCAGAGAAAGUCGUUGAUGCUGCGGACAAAACUGUGCAGGAAGAAGCUCCUGUCCCAGUGCCAGCGGACAACACCACGACUAACACGAAUGAAGAGAAGGUUGAAAAAGAAAAGCCAACCACCGAAGGUGAAAACAAUGCCGAGAAGCAGCCUGAAUCCGAGACAAAGGCCGAUUCGGCAGAGGUAAAACCAGCAGAAACAACGCAGGAUGAAGCCCAGAUAGAGAAACCAGCAGAUGAUGGCUCCAAAACAGAAGAGAAAGAGGCACAGCCCAAUACAGUGGAACCAAUGGUUACUGACGCAGACGUUGAGAUGGUUGCCGACAGCAGCACUUCCGGCGAUAAAGUAGAAAUCGGAGAAGCCAAACCAUCCGAUGAAAUAGUUGAACAAAGCGAAAACGAUGUGAAAGCGGUGGAACCAAUGGAGGCGGAAGCAAUUCAACCAGUGGAACCUGAUACAGUCGGACAAAAAGAAAAGAAAACAGAGGAAAAGUCGAAAUGUGAAUCCAUUCCUCUUCCGGUGCUCACGUUGGAAACGUUGCUGAAUCUUCUGUUGGAUCAUUCGAACCCUCUGCCCGACGAGGAGCUGGAUAGUCUCUGCAUUGAGGAAGAAGAUUUUCUCGAAUCCCUCAAGUCGGUACAACCUUCCGCGAAGCGUGAAGGCUUUAUUACGGUUCCGGAUGUGACGUGGAAAGACAUUGGUUCACUGGGAGAUAUCCGUGAUGAACUGAAGUUAGCUAUUCUGGCUCCCGUUAAAUACCCGCUGCGUUUGAAGAUUCUGGGAUUGAAUACACCUUCGGGAGUGCUGCUCUGUGGGCCUCCUGGCUGUGGAAAAACACUCCUAGCAAAAGCGGUUGCCAACGAAGCGGGAAUCAACUUCAUCUCUGUCAAGGGUCCAGAAUUGUUGAAUAUGUAUGUCGGUGAGUCUGAACGUGCAGUUCGUCAAUGUUUCCAGCGUGCUCGCAAUUCUGCUCCUUGCGUUAUUUUCUUCGAUGAAUUCGAUUCGCUUUGUCCCAAGCGAUCGGAUAGUGCAGAGGGUGGCGCUGGGAUGCGCGUUGUGAAUCAACUGCUCACCGAGAUGGACGGCGUUGAGGAUCGGAAAGGGGUAUUCCUGAUGGCAGCUACCAACAGACCGGACAUUGUAGAUCCAGCCGUGCUUCGCCCCGGACGGUUAGACAAAAUUCUCUACGUUGGGCUUCCUGCAGAAGCGGAUCGAACGGAUAUCCUCCAGGCACUCACCAGAAAUCGCACCCAGCCUCCACUAGCGGAAGAUGUUGAUUUCAGUGAGAUUUCACGGCUAACUGACGGGUACACCGGUGCUGAUCUCGCUGGACUCGUGAGACAAGCGUCACUGCAAGCACUUAAAGAGUCGAUGCUUGUGUGCAGCAGCGAUGAUAACAGUUCAACUGCGUUGGAAAAUGAACUCAAGGUGGGAAUGGCACAUUUCCAGCAGGCGAUACGGAAUAUCAAACCAUCGGUCAACGAAGAGGACAAGAAACAUUACGAGCGAUUGAAAGUGAAGUUUGGUACGCCCAAGUCGCAGUAAAACGUUCUUUUUUGCGUGGACCUCUACUUUUUAAGGACAGGAUAAUAUAGCAUUCUAGCGUUUAAGAUACUACAGAUACUUGAUACUACAAACAAUCUAAUUACAUGUAGUCAAACAGCGGGCGGAAAAGAAAAGAAAAUGAUCAAUUCUGCCAAAACAAAUAUGGGAGAAAAUAUAGUGCGGUAGAACACAUCCAUUUCUAUCGGCAACAAGAUAUAGUAGUAUUAGUUUAUUGAUAAUGACGUGACGUGAGCGUGAAUUUCGCAUUGUAACGGAGACAAGACGCGCAUCGGAUGAGAGGGAGCUUACAUUUUUUAUCGUUGUUUUUAUUAUUUAAUCCAGUCUUUGCAAACAUAACACAACACCGGAAGCAAAAGGUUCUAGUUAUCAGAAAAGUGAAAUUGAUGAUGAUUCCCUUCGCGUCUAUCGUCUGUUGUGGAGAAUUAAGAAUUUGACGGCACUGAAAUAUAGAAUGUAAUAACAGAA